CCUCACCUGGUCUCUGAGCUGCCUUGAUCCCGGCAACCAGGAGUGAACGCAGCAGCCUGCCUGCCCUGGAUGCCAGGUUCUGAGAGCUACUGGUUGGCAAGUGACAUCUCUGGGAUAUAAGUGAGGAGGCUGUUUGGAAGCCAGAGGGUCACUGCCCCCACCAUGUCGCAGGUGAUGUCCAGCCCUUUAUUGGCAGGAGGUCAUACAGUCGGUUUGACUUCCUGUGAAGAACCCAGGAGGGCCCUGCACCCAGCACCCAGCCCCAGCCUGCCACCCCAGUGUCCUUACUACACCACAGAAGGCUGGGGAGCCCAGGCCCUGAUGGCCCCCACAUCCCCCAACAGGCUCCAGCAGGCCUCACAGGCUGGAGCCAAAGCCAGCUGCCUCCUGCGGUCUCCUGGUGAGCAAGUCUCAGGGGCCCUGCAGGACCCUGACUCCUACAUUGACUUCUCACUGGAGAGCCUCAACCAGAUGAUCCUGGAACUGGACCCCACCUUCCAGCUGCUCCCCCCAGGGCCUGGUGGCCCCUGGGCUGAGCCUGCCCAGAGCACUACCUUGAGGAGGAAGAAAGAGGAACCUGAAGCCUUGGAUAUAAAGUACAUCGAGGUGACCUCCACCAGAUCAAGGUGUCACGAUGGUCCCCAGUGCUGCUCCAGCCCGUCUGUCACCCCACCCUUCGGCUCCCCGCGCAGUGGUGGCCUCCUCCUUUCCAGAGAUGUCCCCCGAGAGACGAGAAGCAGCAGUGAGAGUCUCAUCUUCUCCGGGAACCAGGGCAGAGGGCACCAGCGUCCCCAUCUCACAUCUGGGGCUCCUUCCUCUCGCCCCCCACCGUCUCCUAGCAUCUCCAUCCCUUGCAUGGGGAGCAAGGCCUCAGGUCCCCAUGGCUUGGGUUCCCCACUAGUGGCUUCUCCAGGCUUGGAGAAGGGGAUGGGGGGCCUGGCCCCACAACGAGGCAGCAGGGUCUCGGUGCUGUCGGCCAGCCCAGCGUCUGAUAUCAGCUACGUGUUUGGAAGCAACCAGUCCCCGCUCCAAUCCAGCAUCUGCAGGCAACAGUCAUCUUCUAGGUCCUUGGAAAGCCCAGCCAGCUCUUCCUCCAGCCUCCAGAGCCUUGGCCCAAUGUCCCUGUGUACAAGAGCCAGUGACAUCCAGGUCCCCAGCAACCCAACCCCAAGCAUGGGCCAGCCCAGAGCAACCUACUCCCCACCACUGGCCAAGGAGCAUGCCAGCAGCUGCCCCCCAUCCAUCGCCAACUCCAUGGUCGACAUACCCAUCGUGCUGAUCAACGGCUGCCCAGAACCAGGGUCUCCCCCAUCUCAGCAGACCCCAGGACAACAGGACUUUAUCCGAACUGGGCCUGCUUCUGCCAGCAACCCCUGUACAGCCACCAGAAGCCACAGCCAGACUUUGCCAGAUGCCUCUCCCACCACAUCUCCAGAGGGUCCCCCCAGGGACAUGCAGCCCACCAUGAAGUUUGUGAUGGAUACCUCUAAAUACUGGUUUAAGCCAAGCAUCACCCGAGAGCAAGCAAUCCAGCUGCUGAGAAAGGAGAAGCCAGGGGCCUUCGUUGUGAGGGACAGUACUUCAUACCGAGGCUCCUUUGGCCUGGCCUUGAAGGUGCAGGAGGUCCCCACGCCUGCCCAGAACCGAUCAGGUGAGGACAGCAGUGACCUUAUCCGCCACUUCCUCAUCGAGUCUUCCGCUAAAGGGGUGCAUCUCAAAGGAGCAGAUGAGGAGCCCUACUUUGGGAGCCUCUCUGCCUUUGUGUGCCAGCAUUCCAUCAUGGCGCUGGCACUGCCCUGCAAACUCACCAUCCCGAAGAAAGAAUUGGGAGGUGGAGACAGGACGACCUCAGACCCCUCUGCAGAUGGUGGGGCCUCCUGCCUGAAGAAAUCUGCAGGCUGCCAUGCUCUGUACCUGAGCUCCGUGAGCGUGGAGACCCUGACCGGAGCCCUGGCCGUGCAGAAGGCCAUCUCGACCACGCUGGAGAGGGACGUCCUCCCCACACCCACUGUGGUCCACUUCAAAGUCACCGAGCAGGGCAUCACCCUGACCGACGUUCAGAGAAAGGUGUUUUUCCGGCGCCAUUACCCCCUCGCCACCCUCCGCUUCUGUGGCAUGGACCCUGAGCAACGGAAGUGGCAAAAGUACUGCAAGCCCUCCUGGAUCUUUGGGUUUGUGGCCAAGAGCCAGACGGAAUCACAGGAGAAUGUGUGCCACCUGUUCGCAGAGUAUGACACAGUCCAGCCAGCCUCGCAGGUCAUCAGCCUGAUGGGCGCUCUGCUGCGGGACGCAGAAAGGAUGUAGGGGUGCUUCCUGCAUACUUUCCCAGGCAUGCCAAGGAGCUUGCUCAGGAACCCCCUCCGUCCCCUGAAAAGGAGCCGGUGGCCUCACCAAUGAACCAAAGUACUGGACUGACGGAGAACAGUACCAGGUGGAAACCCUUGAACCCAUAUGACCUUCAGUGGUGACCUUCAUCCAGUCUCCCCUGAGCCUCAGUUUCCUCAGCCAUAAAAGGAAGCCAACAGUCAGGAUCAGCUGUUCUUCUCAGACUUUGGUGGGCAUCUGACCAAGCUCCCCGUGAUUCUGAAGAGCUCCCACCCCUGAGGACCUCUGACUCCAUCAACCUGGACACUAUCGACACAGCAGCCUGAGCGAGAGACCUGUGACCCCGUUUCAUGGCAAACAGCAGGUGCCGAGUUGGGACCCAAGGGGCUCUGGCCCGAGGCUGACCUGGGAGCAGAUGGUAUCCACGGAUUGAAGACCACAGGAGGUUUAGACUGACUCCCUUUCCCUCCAUCCCUGUCUCUUUCUCCACUUCCCUGACGGCUUCUUAGGCAGCUGUUCCCAGGAGAAAGCUGAGCCCCCUGCUCUGGACUCUUCAGGCUAACGUGGCCACACGUGGGGCAGCUUAGCCACGGAGAACUUGCCCCCAGGGUCAGAAACAACCCAGCUGUCCUCGUGUUCUUGAUGUCUAAUCUCCUCCAUUGCAAAUGAGUGUCAGCCCCAUUUUUUCUUUUACUUUUCUGGGAAGCAAGUGUCCUCAGCUGGUGUCACAGCUGCCCUAGUGUUGUUGCUUGUAUAACCCACACCUGGGUAGGGGCAGCCAGAUCUUGUUCUCCAGAGCAGACGCAAGGGCCGGCUCUCUCUGCUUCUACCUCAGCUCCAGCCUUACUGAGUUCCACGCCGCCGCCCCUCUCAACCCCCCAACCACACAACCUUCUAUAGGGGUGUGGUGUCAACUACUCCUACAGCCACACGAGGGCAGCAGAGAGUCAGAAAUGCAAACAGGCAGCCACCCCAGGAGGCUUGUGGGUUUCUGGGGUGUCCUUCUCACCCUACCCCACCCCCAGAAGCUGGAAUAGCUUGUCUAGCAGGCCUGGGGUCCUAAGAAAACCACACCAUGAAGGUGAAAUGGGAGGCUCAGAGAAGAAGCCCACUUUUGCUCUAUGAGGAACAAGUGCCCGCCCCCUCCCAGCUGCAGGCCCUGGCAGAGCAUGGUUAUCUUUGGCCAAAGUUGGGCCUGAUGGAUUAUGAUUUCAACCCAGGAAACCAAGCUGAACUGAAGCGGCCCUGGGCUGGCGGGACCGGCUAAGACCAGCCUACCCAGCCUGUGCUCGGGCACUGCCCCACCCCCGCAGACUGCUAGACAAGGUUCUCAAGGUCACAAUCUGGGGGUCUGGCAGAGAGCCCUCCA